AUGGCAUCAAGAGUAGCAAAGAACAAAAGUCAUGUCAAGGGUAAGGGCAAGGCUGGUUCUUUCUCAAAUGUUUCGGAAACUGCAUUUUGCUUAGUUAAGGAAGAUGAUCUUGAGGUCUUUGAAGAAAAGUGUCAACAUAGGCUUGUUGUGAAGCAGCAUGUGUACAAAGCAAAUGUGGUCGAAGAACUCAAUUUUCCAAAUAUUGUUAGUCAUGUUGAGCAUCAGAAAAUUAAUUAUUUUCUGCAACUCUCGCAAGACUACAACGAGGAUAUCAUUCGAGUGUUCUGCGUCGGGUUGCAUAAAUGUUGA